AUGAACACAACAAUUGAAGGAUGGUUGCAUAAGAAAGAUCCCGAAAACUCGUUGUGGCACAGGAGAUACUGCAUAUUAACAGAGAACAAACUCAUGAUUCAAAAAUCACAAGGCGAAGAUUACGAAAAUUUCGUUUCACUAACAGGAGACGUUAAAGUAGAAAUUGACGACAAAAAACCACCACCACGCAUACAUAUUAUCACUGACAAGAACGAAGUUAUCACACUUUCUUCUCCAGAUGAACCUGUUCUCAACAAAUGGGCAUUUUUAAUCAUCGGUGCUACAAUGAAUAGAGUCGGAAUGAGUAUGGCUGAUUUCAGAAUCAUAUCCGUCCUCGGCCGCGGUUAUUACGGAAAAGUUAUGCUUUGUGAAGAAAAUACAACAAAAGAACUAUACGCAAUCAAGACAAUACACAAGAAGAUGUUAGUCAAUAGCGAUAAAGUUCAAAAUGCUCUUACAGAAAGGAAUGUAUUAGUCCGAGUUCAUCAUCCUUUCAUUGUUUCCCUUAAAACAACAUUUCAGACACCGACAAAACUAUAUUUCGCGAUGGAGUACGCUCCUGGAGGCGAACUAUUCUUCCAUCUCGAAAGAAAAGGAGCGUUUCACAUACAUGACGUCAGAAUCUAUGUUGCUGAGCUUGCUUUAGCUAUCGAAUAUCUACACGACAAUAACAUUAUAUACAGAGAUAUCAAACCCGAGAACAUUCUCCUCGAUUCUGAAGGCCACGUGAAAAUUACGGAUUUUGGUUUGUCAAAAGAGAUGGAAGAAGACACAACAUCGACAUUAUGCGGGUCUCCUAACUACAUGGCACCGGAAAUAAUCACUCAUACACGCUACGGACCAGCAGUUGACUGGUGGUCUCUUGGAAUUCUGAUGUACGAGAUGCUGUUCGGCGUUCAACCGUUUGUUAAUGAAAAUAAGAGUGUGCUGUUGAUGAUGAUCGCUACGUGCCGUGUUUCUUUCCCUAGAAACGCAAAUCCUGACGCACAGUCUUUAAUUCUUGGAUUACUUCAGAAGAAUCCGAGUGAAAGAUUCGGAUUUGAGCAAAUUAAGAGUCAUCCAUUCUUCCAAGGACGUGAUUUCGAUGAUUAUCUCCAGAAAAAGGUAAAACCAAUAUUUGUACCGAUUUCUCUAAGAAGAACUGAUCCAGUUAACUUCUCUACAGAGUUUACACAAGAAACACCAACAGAUAGUGUUGGUUCUCCUUUGUCUUGCAACAAAGAAUUCGAAGGUUUCUCUUUUAAUGGACAAUAA